AUGGCAUCGCCGUACCAGAACAGUCUCUUCCUUAACAUCCCUGUGGCGGACCUCACAAGGUCCAUUGCCUUUUACACCGCCAUCGGCUUCGUGAAGAACGAAACUUUCUCCUCGCCAGAGGCAGGCACGAUGUCUCUGCCGCCCACGCCGUCGACGACCGGGCCGGCUGCACACGGGGGCACCAUCAAGAUCAUGCUGCUCACCUAUGACUUCUACUCCAGCUUCCUGCCUCCAGGCGUGCAGAUGGGCGAUCCCCAGAAGGCGGCGCAGUGUAUCAUGUGCCUCACCAGAGAGAGCAAGGAGGCGGUGGACGAGAUCGCCGAGACGGCGGCUGCGUCUGGUGGAAGCAAAGAUGUGAGGGAGAAAACCGCCAUGGAGAAGGAAAUGGAGAAAUCGGGCAUGUACGGCCGCGUCCUCAGGGAUCCGGAUGGCCAUAUCAUCGAGACGGUGUGGAUGCCGGCGGAGAACUACGUUGGAAAGGAGUAG